AUGGAACAUGCGGUGCCUCAGACCUCGAACCUCCCGGGCCUUCCUCUAUCAUACAGUGACCUCGUGUGCAAGGAGCAUCCCGACCCUCUUUCCUCCCUGCUAUGCUUCAACCUCCCCCGGUCGCUUUCCGGUCAGACCGGCCCCUCUCCUUUAUCCAUCUUCUCCUCGGUCGGCAAGCAAUGGCUGCAGAAUGCCGUUGGCGACGAACCCCUCGACUGGGACGUCUUGUCACCAAUGUUCGCUCCAGAUCCAAGCCUCGACAUGGACUAUUCUCCCCUCCGCCGGCCGUUUAUCCCUCUGCCUGCCAAGGAUGACGCUCGGUGUCUGCUCAACAUCUACUUCCAAUCCUUCAACACCUUCUGCCCUACGUUUGACGAGCACGAGUUCAUGCUUCAUUUUGAGCUAGAGUACCCAGUUCAGCCGGAGCCCUGUCCGGCAAAAUGGGCCUGUGUGAAUGCCGCCCUUGCGCUGGCCGCUUCCCUCGACCCGAGACUCUCCGGUCAAGCCGGCCUGUUUUGGAAGAACGCUAUGAUGUCUUGGGCACCUUCUUCCUGGAAGCGCCGAGCUUUUAUUCCGCACAGGCUUUGGUGGCUAUGGUAUGUUCCCCAUCAAAUGGACUUUCGAAAUCGGUUGCUUACACGGUACCAGGCCGUGUAUUCGAUAGGCACCUUCCAGAGCCAAACAUCCAGCACGAUCAUCCCCAUGGCCAUUCGCACGUUGCACGGACUUUCUCCGACCGAGACAAAUGGCUCAAAGCACUUCGAGAUUGUCUUGGUACUCGCCCGUUCACUCGAUAUAGACCAUGCGUUACAAGGCGGAGACCCCCCAACCGACCUGAGCGACGGAGAUCUUUAUCGCGCGAUGCCUGUCCAAGAAAUGGGCACAGACUCCAUCCGCUCAUUUGACUUCUACGAAGCUUUCUCCGCUCUUACGCGUCUCAAGGAAGACGUCUACCGUGAGCUCUACUCGGUCUCCGCCCGGAAAAAGAGCGAUUCGAAGGUACUUGCCAGAGUCGGUGGACUUGACGCACGACUGGAGGACUGGAAACAUACCAUCCCAGAGGAGUACCGGCCAGGGCGUCCUACUGCAGCCGAAACUAUCAAGCAGGGCAACUGUGUGCUGGUUGUCUACAUGCAUCUCAGCUACCACAACUGUCUCUUGGCCAUACACCGUCGCACGGCCUCUUUCACAGCCGCGUCCCUGCGCUUGGAUUCCUCUCUCAAAAUGGGCAAUGCCAUUCGAUCGUUAAAUACCCGGGCUCUGAUAUCAUCCCGACUUUGUGCAGAGGCGUCGCGUGCUACACUACAGCUUGUCAGAUUCAUCCCUGUGGGAAGCCAAUUGGCUUGUGGGUUGAUUAUCUCUCACAUUGUCUUCGCACUGAAGCUUUUCGCCGUUACGAUCGUACAAGAUCCAAGUAGCCCACGAGUUCAGUUUGAUCUACGAUUAAUUCGCAAUGUGGAAGCUUUUCUAUCGCAGCUUCCAAUCAGUGCCGGAGACAAGGGCAUAUCGAAACUCAGGGAAUACUGUGAACGAUACCGAGAAGUCACCGAAAAUGCCAUGAAACAAGGUGCAAUACAAAAGAGACAAUAG